UAAAUAGCAGACCUGUUCUAGCUAAAGCUAAUCAGUUGUUUUCAGAAACCUCAAGUGAUCGCAUUAUCUUUACUAAGAAAAAAAAAAACAAAAUGAAGAGCUUCCUGUUAGUUUUAUGCGCAAUUUUAGCUAUUUUUGCUUUUGCUAAAGCCGAUGAAUGCAAAGUUGAGGGUCAUGUUGUGAAAGUGGGAGAAACUUAUUCUUUGCCCGGUAAAUGUACUGAAAUCAAAUGUACUGGACCAAAUGCUUUUACUGCCAAAACCUGUGCCCUGGAACACAGUUUAAAACCCUGCAAAUAUAUACCACAAGACAAUAGCAAACCUUAUCCUGAAUGUUGUCCCCGUCAUGACUGUUAAACUAAAACAAAAAACUAAUUUUAAAUAAAAGAUUUUAAUAAAAAAAUCUCAUAGUUUUCUUUAAUAUUUAAUUACUUUAUUAAAAUGUUUGUUUUUUAAUAAAUACAUUGUUUACUUUUUUUAAAUUACUUGUUUGUUUGUUUGUUUAUUUUUGUGGCAAAAAUUUUACUAUUUUUUUAAUUAAAUAUUUCAAUUUGUUUUCUUUUAAUAUUAAACAUUUAUUUGUCUCUUAUAAAUCGUAUACCAAUCAAAAAUUAAAUAUAUUUAUUAAUUUGCUUGUUUAGUUUAAUAAAACGUUUUAAACAUA